AUGUAUUUCUUGUUCUGCGCUCUCUUGGGCUCGUCUUUCGCUCACAACUGCCCUAACCCUGGAAUUAACGGAUUCGCUAGUGCCGCAGGCGGCACAACUGGCGGAGGAAAUGCGACCGCUAUUACAGUCACCAACGUCGAAGACUUAGGAAAUGCCGCUGGGGCCUCAGGAGCUCGCGUUAUCAUCGUCAGGGGCACGAUCAACGCCGGUGAAGCUAUCAAAGUGGCGAGCGACAAGACCAUUAAGGGCGAGAACGCUAAUGCGACUAUCGUUGGAGGGUUCGACAUGAAUGGCGUUCAGAAUAUUAUCAUCAAGAACCUCAAUAUCCGCGCCGGCGCCGCUGCCGACGCUAUUGCCAGUCGCAACUCUCAUCACAUCUGGUACGAUCAUCUCAGCAUCUGGGAUGCCGGUGACGGACUUCUAGACAUUACUAUAGAGUCUGACUACCAGACCGUAUCGUGGUGCAAGUUUUGGUACACCAGCAAAUCUUUAUCCCACCGCUAUGCCAGUCUUGUCGGCUCUGGGGGCGGCGACCAUCCCGGGGACGAAGGCAAGUUGCACGUCACGUACCACCACAACUGGUGGGCCCAGAAUGUCGACCAGCGUAUGCCGCGUGUCAUGUACGGUGACGGCCACAUAUAUAACAACUAUUUCGACUCUCCUGGCAACUCCUAUUGUAUUGGUUUUGGCUCCUAUGGCUCGGUUCUUAUUCAGAAUAAUUACUUCAAGGCCGUUUCCAAUCCACAUCAGAUGAUGUACGAUGUAUUCGCGUUUGCAUCCGCUACGGACAACAUCUAUGACGACACCUUAGGCAAGAAGGACGCGGGCAAUCUUGGAUCCAGGCACGUAGUAGGACAGGAGUGGGCAACAGCAGGUGCUUUCACGCCUCCAUAUUCCUUUGCAAUAGACGAGGCCUCAAGCGUGCCUGUCCUUGUUGAAAGAUGUGCAGGGCCCCGUGAUCUUGAAAUAGUUUGAUUGCACAUGCACUCCAUUUCACCUUGCCAGCACAUUGUGCUCAAGGGCUAAAUAUUUCCAUGCAAGGGAAGCACUCUUUUAGACGUACAUGCUGGAUUUAAACCGGUAGCCUAUUUACUUGC